AUGACGCGCAUCAACGCUCUGCUAGCUGCCAUCGCCCUCACACUUCCCUUUUCCAGCUUGGUGGGGGCAGUGAACGUCACCGUUCCGUUCUCCGCGCCUUCAGGAGCGCAAACCCUCUCGCCAACACUUCUCUCGUUCUCUAUAGAGCAAGAUAACUGGCCUGACUGGGUCGGCACUAACUCACCAAACAACUUUACGACUGCCGCGCUCCAGAAUUUCGCUGCUCUCACUGGUACGCCGCCCAACAUCCGCGUCGGUGCCAACUCGGAAGACAAAACUACCUGGUCGCCGACCGUCACGAUUAACGUCGACCAAUUCCCUCCACCGAACAGCAUCACUCCGUUUCCUGAGGCUAGCAGUAUCACUGUCGGCGAUGGGUUCUAUCAGCUCUCUCGUUUCCUCCCACGCGGGACACACAUGACGUGGGGGAUCAACUUCGGUGCCAAUAACGCGACGAACGCUGUCAACAUGGCCAAGUCGAUUUUCCGCGCAUUCCAGAACGCUGCUGUCAUCGCGUCCGGAGUAGUGCUUGACCGCCUCGAGGUGGGGAACGAGGCCGAUCUAUACCUAAACAACGGACUGCGGACGGGCACAUGGACUGUCAAUACGUACGUCUCGGACUGGGAAUCCAUCGCAGGCCCCGUCGUACAAGCCGUUGGAAUCACGGACGCAACUGGACCCGUCACACUGCAAGGCGCCUCGUUCGCGAACCAAGGGUUCACACCGAGCGAACUGUUCAACCUCGGCAUUCUCGGCAGCACCCCUGGCAAGGCGAUCUCUGUGAUCUCGCAGCACCACUACUCGGCAGCGUUCUGCAACGGCGGCAACUUCCCGCUCGUGUCGUUCCUGAGCAAGAGUGCCGUUCGUGGAAAUCUGUCGGUCUUCACUGACGACAUCUCUGCCACGCAUGCGCAGGGGCUGCCGUAUAUUCUUGGUGAGACAAACAGCAUUGCGUGCCAUGGCGCGCCAGGCGUCAGCAACACGGCCGGCAUCGCUCUUUGGGUGGUGGAUUACACGCUCCAUGCCUCGACGUUGGGCAUCAAGCAGGCAUUUUUCCAUGAAGGAGUCGGAUACAAGUAUGACUUCUUUCAGCCUAUCAGUCUAAAUCGUUCCAUUGUCGACGGUUCACCGGUCGACCCACCCGCUCUGCCUCACGUCCAACCGGCAUACUAUGGCGGCAUUCUCAUCGACACCCUCAUCGGCUCCACUGGUUCCUCCCAGAUCGUCGAGCUGACCGUGGACGACUCGAAUACGUCCGGCUUCGCUGUAUUCGAGUCUGGGCAGCUCGUCCGUGCUGUGUUCAUCAACCUCAAUUCCUGGUUGACCACGAGCACCGGAACGCGGCCGUCAGUGCACAUCGAUUUCGGGGGUCUGACAGGGAGCGCUACCGCGAGGCGGCUGGUCAUCCAGCAUGCGGAUGAUACGUCGAACGUGACCUUCGCGGGGCAAAGCUUCGAGACCCCGGGAAACCCCUUGCCUGUGGGGGAGGUGGUGACAGAGGAUGUGGUCUUGAGCGAGGGCUUGGACUUGAGGUCGACGGAGGCGGUCUUGGUCGAUUUCUAA